UGACCUAGCGGAAAGAGAGAUUUUUAAUGUUUCAAUCUCUUGCAAAGAGGUUUUUGACUUAGCAGAAAGAGAGAGAGAGAGAGAUGAUGAUGGAGAAGAAUCCGUUAAUGGAGGCUGCUCGGAAAGGAGAUGUCGAGUAUUUACUCCGAUCAACGGAAUCCGAUCCAACUCUUCUCGAAGUUAUUGUUGUAAACGGGGAAGAAACGCCGUUACACGUUGCCUCCAUGUACGGACACUUUGGUUUCGUUAGAGAAGUUCUGAAACUAAGAGAGAGUCUCGGAAAAGAAUUGAACAAAGACGGGUUUACUCCUUUGCAUAUAGCAGCAUCUAUGGGUCACGUUGAAGUCGUGAGAGAGCUUUUGGAGAAGCUAAGUGGUGAGAUCUGUUUGAUCAAAGGUAAAGAUAGAAAGAUUCCUCUUCAUUACGCUGCUAUGAGAGGAAGAGUUCCUGUUCUUGACGAGUUAGUGUCUGCAAAUCCGGAGUCUCUUGAAGAAAUCACUGCCCGUGGAGAGACCGUGCUUCAUCUUGCGGUUAGGUACUAUCAGUUCGAUGGAUUCGUUGUUUUGUUGGAACGUCUUAAGGAGUUUGAUAAGCUUUGUGUGUUGAAUAAACAAGACAACGGAGGGAACACAGUUUUACACUUAGCUGUUCAAAAACGACAGUACGAGGUGAUUGACUUGUUGCUUGGCUCUAACAACACAAUCCCACGAGAUUUUAUUGAAGUGAACUCUUUAAACUCCAAUGGCUUCACACCUCUUGAUGUGUUACUUCACUUUGGAAGUGAACCAGAAGACGUGGAGAUUCAUCAGAUCCUCACUAAAUCAGGAGCUGUAAGAUCAAGAGAUCUCGACACAAGACAAUCUACAACAACAACAGAGAAUGAAACAACACCGUCAGAAGAAUCCCUGAUGACUCACAAGCAGUGGCUAGAUUACUUCAAGUACAAGAAAGACAGAGUCUCACCUCACGAAGUUCGCAAUGUAUUACUGGUUAUCGCGAUUCUGAUAGCCACAGCGACUUAUCAAGCCGUGCUAAGUCCACCUGGAGGUGUCUGGCAAGAAGAUUACUGCAUUGAUGGAUUCUGUAAAGUAACUGAUCUAAAAGAAAACAAAACCAAACCGGUUUACUAUGCAGGAACAACGAUAAUGGGAUCAAAGAGCUGGGUCAAUUACGGCAUUUUCAUCUUCUUAAACUCGGUCGGGUUUUUCACUUCUAUUGAACUAAUCUCUUUGCUCACAAAAGGUCUCCCUUUCUACCUUGAGCUGCAAGUUUCAUUGAAUGCUGUUGCUUUGACCUAUGGAUUCGCAAUGGCUGCACUUUCUCCAAACUUCGGAUUAGGCUUGUUCUUCAUGGUGCUUUCUGUUGUAUUACCUAUCGCUGUAGCGAGAAUCCCAAGUCUAAUCAGAAAACAUGCCAAGAAAAUCAGAAUCUAUCCUCUAAGAAAUGGUACCACAACCACCUCAUAAAAUCCCAAGUUACAGUUCCAAUUCCCCUCUCUCUCUUUUUUUUUUUUGUCUAUAUACAUAUCUUGAGUUGAUUUGUGUUCUUGAGUAGUACAUUUGAAGAAACAUGAGUCUAAAAGUAAGUAUUUUUGUCAGUAUACCAUUAUUUGUAGAAGCUCUCACAAGUCAGAGUCUCUUAGCCUCUUUGGCUAUUUAGUCAGGGUUUAGUGAAGCAGUGUCAAAUCAAAAACUUUUAUAAAAGUUGAAUCUUUAUUUGCAUA